UGAAGCUGCCAUUGGGGCAAGUGAGCAGGGCCACCGAGGCUGGUCGGAUUUUAAUUUAACGGUGAGGGGGGGUCGGAGCGGAUUGAAGCCCCGCUGGAUUAAUGUCGACAGGACAGCACGGAGUGCCAGCAGGGCUACGACAAGCAAACUGUCCGCUCCGAGCAGAGACACCGGCCAACGGCUGCUGCUAACUGUGUUUAACUGUUAGCAAAGUAACGCGGAGCAGCUUCUCCUGCUAUUAGCCUUACACACGGCGGACACACUGAACGUCUUGUCAGGGCUUAACACAACACCUGGUGGAUGAAUGAUGUCUGCCGCGAGUAUCGACCCUCAGACAUCGAAAGGACAAGAUGCAAGCAAAGCCUUUCCAGUUUCAGUGCAGAAUGGCUCCCUCCACCAGAAGGAUACAGUCCAUGACAAUGACUUUGAGCCCUAUCUCACCGGCCAGUCCAAUCAGAAUAACAGCUAUCAGUCCAUGACAGAUCCUUACUUGUCCAGCUACUAUGCCCCCUCCAUAGGAUUUCCUUACCCUCUCAGUGAGGCUCCUUGGUCUACAGGAGGUGACCCACCAAUUCCCUACCUGACACCCUAUGCCCCCCUCAGCAAUGGAGACCAUCACUUCAUGCACGACACAGUGUUUGGGCAGCCAGGUGGGCUCAGCAGCAGCAUCUAUCCUCACAGGUUUAACUUUUUCCCAGAGAACCCAGCCUUCUCUGCUUGGGGCACCAGUGGUUCUCAGGGCCAGCAGACUCAGAGUUCAGCCUAUGGGGGGAGUUACAGCUACCCACCCAGCUCUCUAGGAGGCACCUUAGUCCCUGAUGGCCAGACGGGGUUCCAUAGUGACACCCUGAGCAAGGCUCCAGGUAUCAACAGCCUAGAGCAGGGCAUGCUGGGCUUAAAAAUAGGUGGGGAUGUGACAGGAAGUGGCUCGGGUGUGAAGAGUGCAGGCUCUGUGAUCGGUGGAGGUGGCAGCGUAGCUGCAGCAGUUGCCACGGGCAACGGCGGCACACCAAUUGGAAUGCCACCUCCAAAACCUACAUCGUGGGCUGCUAUUGCAAGUAAACCUGCCAAGCUGCAGCAACAAAAGACCAAGAAUAAGCCUGGUACACCCAUAGCUGGAGGAGCCUUACCUCCACCCCCCAUUAAACACAACAUGGACAUUGAUACAUGGGAUAAUAAAGGAACUGCUACCAAGAUGGCCCCUCCUUUGCCCCCCCACCACCACCACCACCACCACCACCAACAACACCAGCCACAGCUUCACUCCCAUGCUCCCAGUCUCUUACCUCCCCUUCAACAGUCCCUACAGUCUGCCCAGUCCCUUGUGCAGCAGAUGACCAUGCAGGGUCCUCCACCUCCCCCGCAGUCUUACCAGAACCACAACUCCGCUCCAACACCUCAGACCCGCUGGGUAGCCCCACGCAGCCGCAACUUGUGCUAUGGUGGUGGAAGCUUGGACAGCAGUGGUUCUUCUAAUGGUGGUUGUGUUGGUAACGGAGGUGGAGGGGGUGGGGGUUUGGCUCCAGAGCCAGGAUCAGAGUCCCACCCUGUGCUGGAGAAGCUGCGAGCGGCCCACAGCUACAACCCCAAGGAAUUUGACUGGAACCUGAAGAACGGCCGCGUGUUCAUCAUCAAGAGCUACUCUGAGGAUGACAUCCACCGCUCCAUCAAGUACUCCAUCUGGUGCAGCACGGAGCAUGGCAACAAACGCUUGGACUCAGCCUACAGAGCUAUGAACUCUAAAGGUCCCGUCUACUUGUUGUUCAGUGUCAACGGCAGCGGCCAUUUCUGCGGUGUGGCGGAGAUGCGCUCACCUGUGGACUAUGGCACCAGUGCUGGUGUUUGGGCACAGGACAAGUGGAAGGGCAAAUUUGAUGUGAACUGGUUGUUUGUUAAGGACGUGCCUAAUAGCCAGCUGCGCCAUAUUCGCCUGGAAAACAAUGACAACAAGCCAGUCACCAACUCACGUGACACUCAAGAGGUUCCUCUGGAGAAGGCGAAGCAGGUGCUCAAGAUCAUUGCCCAGUAUAAACACACCACCUCUAUCUUUGAUGACUUUUCCCACUAUGAGAAGAAGCAGGAGGAAGAGGAGGUGGUGAAAAAGGGCUAUGAGCCCACCUCAAUACAGAGCCGAUCCCGGAUUGAUCAGGAUCGUCAGAAAUAAACAGAAGAAGACGGCUUCUGAAAGCGGUUGUGCUCGGAUGGACAUACUGAAAUUUAGAUUUAAAAGGAAAACACGGACAUAAAGAAAUUGAAAACUAAUAUUUUUUUCUAUUUAAUUUUGUUGACUUUGGCCCAUUUCAAACUUUUGAGCCACAUCGCUCCUGGUUCCCAGUCUUUAAGAUGAGUGCAGGGAUGAAGCUAGUUCCAUCAGUUGAAUCGCUUCAAUAAUAUAUAUUUUUCUUGUUUUUUCUGUAUUUUUUAGCCUUAUAAAUCUCUAUCGCUACCCCAGAACUUGCAUUCUUAACUAAAUAUAAAUAUCUGCACGUCUGUUUUGAAAAUCUCUUGACAACAUGCUGCUGAUAUUCAGUGACUGUUCACUUUGUGGUUUGUGUGUUGGAGAAAUGUUAAGUGCUUGUAUUGGUUAAUCUUAACGAGUGAACAACACUUUAUUGACAAAUGUCUGCUAUCUGUGUGUGGCCAGUUGUAUUUUAUAUUAUCAGAAGAAAAAAAAGAACUUCUAUGAUUCCCCCUUUUUUCAUGUGAGGGGUGUAUUACUUUGGUGGAGGAAUGUGUACACUGAAAGUUUCUGUAUGCAUAGACAUAAUCGUGCAAGGUUGUGACAUUAGAAAGCAUAAAUGUUAGAAAAAUAUUUUGAAUAAUGUAUCACCUGGCUUAAAACUGAUUUAAAUUGAACAUUAAGAUGGAGAAAAUUUGGAAUUUUCUUUCUCUCCAGAGUGGAGCCUUAACAUUUAUUUUCAGCAGUAGUGUAAUGUAUGACAUUUGUUUUUAUUUUUUUUAAUUUUUUUUUUCCCAGUACUGUACCUCAAAAUUUUUAGCCAGAGAUUCAGGGAAAAGAUGUCGAGAGAACAAACGCUCUUAAAGGUGGUCCCUCUCUUUCUUAUUUAAAGGAUGGAAAUAUAAAUAUACUGUAUGAGUUCAGGUUUUUAUCAAUACAAAAUUGUUGCUUUCUGUCUAUUCCCUGUUACAGUGACUUUUAUUUCCCUCUGUUCCCUGCUGUUCCAACAGCAGUAUCUGUUUAUGAAAUUCUGAAGGAAAUGUAGCAUGUACUGCUUUUAAAACUCAAAGCCAGGCCUGUCACUUUGAUUUUUUUUGUUUCUUGUUCUUUCCUAACAUCAUUAUAAUCUUGGCAUUUUCAUCAUUUUCAUUGCUAUAACCUAUUCACAUCAUCCUCAGAAAAUGUAAGCUUUAAUGUAUCGGCAUUUCUAACUGAGAUCGCCUCAAAAUGUUUAACUGUAGCAUUAUACUUAACUGAUUUAUUGUCAAGUGUAUGAACACCCAGAGACUAGCCUAUAUGGUAUAUGUUUGUGACUUUUUUUAAAUUGCUUGCUGUAUUGUGUGUAUGUGUGUGUAUGCUGGAGUGAAAGAAAAGAGAGGGAGUAUGACUGUGGAGCAAUCAGAGUUAUAUAACGGUAUUGGAAUAUAGAAAGUUUAUGCAAAAAAAAAAAAGAAAAAAAAACUUUUAAGUCACCCCUGAAUUAAAUAUCCAUUGUAUUGGAGGUCACUAUCACAUUCUUAGAUUUGCUCAUGUUCAUUAUUAAA